CGGCCCGCCCCUCAGCGCCGGGAGGCGGAGCCGGGCGGGCGAUCGCGGCCCGGCCGCUUCCUGGUCACCGGAGCGGGAGGCGACAGCAGCCCGCCGAGGCGGCUGCGGGGGUCCGGCUGCCGCCAUGGCCUCGCUCUUCAAGAAGAAGACCGUGGACGAUAUAAUAAAGGAGCAAAAUCGAGAGUUAAGAGGCACACAGAGGGCUAUAAGCAGAGAUAGAGCAGCACUUGAAAAACAGGAAAAACAACUGGAACUGGAAAUCAAGAAAAUGGCUAAGACUGGUAACAAAGAGGCCUGCAAAGUGCUGGCAAAGCAGCUGGUGCAGCUGCGGAAGCAGAAGAACCGAACCUAUGCUGUGAGCUCCAAAGUCACUUCCAUGUCCACUCAAACCAAGGUCAUGAACUCCCAGAUGAAGAUGGCAGGAGCUAUGUCAGCCACAGCAAAAACAAUGCAAGCAGUUAAUAAGAAAAUGGAUCCACAAAAGACACUACAAACUAUGCAGAAUUUCCAGAAGGAAAACAUGAAGAUGGACAUGACUGAAGAGAUGAUUAAUGAUACUCUGGAUGAUAUUUUUGAUGCUUCUGAUGAAGAGGAGGAAACCCAAGAUAUUGUUAAUCAAGUGCUUGACGAGAUCGGGAUUGAAAUCUCUGGCAAGAUGGCCAAAGCUCCCUCAGCUGCCAGAGGUUUGCCCUCUGCAUCGGCAUCGAGCGCCACCACCAUAUCGGACGAGGAGAUCGAGCGCCAGCUCAAAGCCUUGGGCGUGGAUUAACUGGUCCACUUCAGUCUGCCUGCUGGGGGCUCAGCUCUACACACGUGUACAAAGUGCAAAUGCUCUUUCAAUGCAGCUGAUUUCUAGGAAAACCUCGAAGUCUCAGAAAUGGCAACUUGAAGAUGAAUUUGCAGAGAAAAAUACUUUUUUUUUCUUCCAUUGCAUGGUGUCUUUUCGACACUGAACCAACCAGGGAUGUAGUUCUAACAAUAAAUUCACUUACACCCGAUCCAGAUCAGUCCUUUGGAUUCAAAGUUUUCUUCCAUCUGUGUUCCUGAUCUGUCUCUAGAACUGGCUGUUCUGUGGCUGGUCAUGCCACUUCCUAGGACAGCACCUAUGUAAUAUUCAUCAUUUUUACAAAACUAUCACUAGAGAAACAUUUAGUCUGUCAUCUCUUAGCACGAAUGAAACUUCACCUUGGCUCUUAGUUGGAAACUUUUUUUUCCAUGAGAAAUAGCUUUGAAUGUCUAGCUAAUUUAGACAGAAAGAAUAAGCAUUUUAUGUAUUUCUUCAAAAUUCCUUUUGAGCUGAUGAAAUAAUAGCUUGUUAUUCCUCUUACCAGAAGGGAAGGAUACACUCCUCGUGCAGUUAAUUUUUCUGGAAGAGGAGUUACAUUUGUUAGUAAAAUUUGUUGCAUGAAAGGCACUGAUUGAACUCUAUUGUACUGUAACAUAGCUGAUUUCAACAGAAUUGCUGUGCCUUUAUGUAUAUAAAUCUUGUACCUGAUUUUCUUUCAGAAGGAGUCUUUGAAAGGUGAGUAAACUUAAUAAUUAAGAUGGUUUUACAAAAUGCUUUGGUGAGACCUCUCUGUACACUUCAUGGGUCUCAGUGCUGGAGUGGAGAGAUGCACUCAUACAGAAAUGCAACUUGUGCACUUGAAAAAAGGACAUUUGCCUGAAGCAACAUUUGUAUAUAUUUUACAGUACUUCUUAAUGGAAGAUAACUGUGUAAUUGUAUUGUUUGCUAAGAUGCAACUGAUCACAUUGAUAAACUAAAUAUUAGUUUUGAGAACAAUUUUGGAUCAUAAAUUAUAACUACUUGUCUAAACACUAUAAUAAAAACUUUCUGGUUCUGCGAA